GAAUUAUUUCUCAGAGAAAUUAAUGAGACACCAAAGCAAGCAAGCACUGGUGAUGAUGUCCGAGCCGGUGAAGCUCAUCGGCUGCUUCGGAAGCCCGGUGGUGCACCGCGCUGAGCUGGCGCUGCGGCUGAAGGGUGUUCCCUACGAGCUCAUCACUGAAGACCUCAACAACAAGAGCGAGAUGCUCCUGAAGCACAACCCCGUCCACCAGAAGGUGCCCGUGCUCCUCCACGGCGACCGGCCGGCCAUCUGCGAGUCGCUCGUCAUCGUCGAGUACGUUGACGAGGCUUUUGAUGGGCCGCCGCUCAUGCCGGCCGACCCUCUCGCUCGCGCCGCUGUUCGGUUCUGGGCCAGCUUCAUGGACAAGGAGUGUAGGGAGUCCAUGUGGAUGGCGCUGUGGACGGACGGCGAGGAGCAGGCCGGUGCCAUCAGUGCGGCGAAGGCGAACCUGACGCUCAUCGAGGGGCAGCUGCCGGAGGGGAAGAGGUUCUUCGGAGGCGACACCAUCGGCUUCCUCGACAUUGCUGUCAGCUGGAUUGCGCACUGGAUGGAGAUCUUUGAAGAAAUUGCUGGGGUUCGGCUGCUGACGGAGGAGGGGCACCCGACACUGUACCGGUGGGCGAGGGAGUACACGGCGAAUCAGACCGUGAGGCUGUGCCUGCCGGACAGGGAUCGCCUGCUUGCCGCCUUGGCGCCGAGCAGGGAGAUCUUCGUGUCCAUUGCCAAGACGAUGUCUACACAGAAACAGUACUCCGUAUGUUGGAUCUGUAACAUUUGA